AUGUUUACUGUUCGAUGGCCAUCAUUACCGUCGCUUGGCUUGUUUUCAUCCCCACCAACUCAGGCGAUUGAUCUGCCCCCGGUCAACGUCCAUGAAACCGAGACAGCUCAAGACAAGUCGGCCCGGGCAUUGAAGCACCUAUUGAAAUUGAACCAUGUCGAGAACUCGUUGUUCGACUGUCGGAAUUUCCCUAACCAGUUAAUACAUCUCUUGAGCUCCUCCUUUCUGCAAGGGGCAGACGCCGAUACUUUAGGCCGGAUAUACGAGGAGGAAGUGUCUGAUCUAGUUAAAUGGAAGGAAUCACCAGCGGAAAUCACUACUCUUGACUGGCGAGGCCACCUGGGAUGUCGAGGAUUUGAUCGAGCUUUCGUGGACUUUUUUGAAGAUCAAAUGGUCCACUGCAGCUAUGACUGGAAGGAAGUUGUGGCCGAAUACCUGUUUACCGGCAAAGAGCCCAUGUUUGACUCUAUAAUGGCUUCUCUCGGAUUACCAUUGAUCCAUCUCGCAUACGCCUUUGAAAUGGACAGUCGUGAAAUCGCAAUGGAAGCACUCGCCCUUGCAGCAACUUGCCAUAAUGACAUAUACAAGUCCCUGGAGGACACUAAACACUCGAAAAACGAGGCAUCAUAUGAAUCAAAGUCACUCUUUGCAAUUCUCGACCUGGUCCAGAAAGAUGAGGACUUAGAUGGCCUCUUUCCCACUCCCGGCAGCGACAACCUCGAUACCCUUUUCGUUAGCCGCAACGCCGUACUUCUCAACCACUGGAAGGCAUGGAAGAUCGAGAAUCCAAUUGAACAGUUCCGCGAGAGCCAGGAGCUUGCGGCUGCCUUGCUAGUUGGAACAGCUGCAGGCGAUUCGACCGGGCAUUACGAUUGGUUCUUCGCUUUGAACCUCGCAACCAGCCACGCGGUCCGUAUCAUGCUGCCUUUCAUACCCCCACAGUUCCAAAUUUCUCUUCUUCGACAAUGGUGGUUAAUCUGUGUUGGCAUCUACGUCGCGCAACUGCGGCCCGAGAUCAAAAUGGACCAAAUUCGGAAUUAUGAUCUGAAUGGAAAGGACUGGGAAUGGGUCGCUGAGAAAGCUGUCAAUGGUGAAUUCUCAUCCAAUGUGUACUUUGUCAAGACCACCCGAGCACUGAAGGAACUUGCCUCGACUUGGGGCGAUUCCGAUAGCUUCUUCUUGAAGGCUGCCGUGCGAUUUGUGACUGAGUUCAAGCGUUGGCGUGGUAACUUUGUCGGAUAUGAGCUGUAG